AUGGAAAUUCAAAAUGAAGGUACCUCAGAAUAUUCAGCAUAUGUGAAAGAAAAUGACCAGCUGACAAAUUCUAAAAAUGAUUACGACAUUGGAAAAUAUUGUGAAAUAAACGACAAAGACAUUCUUGGCAAAACGGAUUCAUCAAGAACGGUCUUGGGGCAAAAAGUUAAACCUCCUCCGCGCUUAGAGCCCCUCACAAAAGUACCGAAGAAGAGGAAAAAGAGGAGGUAUCUAAAGAAGUUAUCCUCCCAAGUUGGAAUAGGAACUGAUCCCCCCUCAGUGGUAACAAGAAGCACUUCAUCAGGGGAGGGAGCAAUAAAGGACCAACAUGAAAAAGACGUAUCACAGACGGAAAAUUCCUAUAAAACAUUCUUUUAUUGUAGAUUUAUUGUGAAAUUUCCUAUACUAGCCUUCUUGUUGUCCUCUACGAUACACAUAUGUGCAAUAGUGACUACAGUAUCCCUAUUUGUUUCUGGGGAUAAUGUGUUCCCCACGGAUUUUAAGAAGCUGCCCCUGGUCCUGUAUGAUGACAGUACUAGGAAGCAGGACCUGGCCUGGCGAAGUAGAGACUCCUACUCCUUAAGGAUAACAAGGCCUGUGUACGGGAUAUACUAUCCUACAUGGGUUGGAGGACAAGUCGAGGAUAUUGUAGAGGUCAUCCUACAAGUGGAUAAUGGAGAUAUAUUCAGCCAAUCCAACCUCGUACUUAUCCAACAAACAGAAAAUUUAAUGUACAAUUUCAGGGAUUAUAAGCACACUUACUGUCAAAGAGACGAGUUUUUUGAGUGUGUAAAACCUUGGUCGAUAAUUCGCCUUUUUGAUGGUACAUACAACAGUAUUAAUUCAAAAUUAAACAAUUUUACUUUUGAAAACUCAAAGGAAGUUUUGUGUAAUGCAACGAAAUUGGAUGAAACAAAGGAGUUUGUUGAGUUCAUAUUUCCCAAAGGAUAUGAUCCAUGUCGGUCUGGAAGUGUGUCAUCUGUUACCAGAAUACUUCUGCCAAUGGGAUAUCCUCUCUGGGGUGGAAAUAGUAAGAGCCGAAUAAAAAAUUUCUUAGUCAAUAAAAUGAAACCAAAUAUUGAGCACAUUCGCGACAAUAUUCUUGGGGACAGAAUACAUUUGUACUACACAAGCAAAAUGAUUUUUGAUAAUGACGUCACAAAACAGGCUUUUGAUGACAUGUUAUUCGCAAUCGGGAGUUUUCUAUUUAUUUUUCUCGUUAUGUGGAUUCAAACUAAAUCUUUCUUCAUAACAUUUUUCGGAAUAUUCAGCAUUUUAACAAGCUUUUUAUUGGCAAAUUUAGUGUAUCGCUAUGUGUUUAAUUAUGAAUAUUUUGGAUUUUUUCACAUAAUUUCCAUGUUUAUUAUUCUUGGAAUCGGUGCAGACGAUGUUUUUGUGUUUUACGAUUCUUGGCGUCUUACUGGUGAUGAGGAGUACCCGACACUGGCUCAUCGCCUCACUGACUGCUACUUCAGAGCCGCCAAGACCACAUUUAUAACAUCUCUGACUACAAUGGCAGCUUUUUUAGUUAGUGGUACCUCUCCGCUCCUUCCCGUGGCAUCCUUUGGCCUUUUUACAGGUGUUCUAGUGGGUGUCAACUAUAUAUGUGACUUGAUAUAUUUUCCAACCGCUAUUAUUUUGUAUUCAGAGAAAAUUAGACCACGAACUAACAAAUUCUAUUCAUGGUUAUCUGAAAGAUGUUGUUUUAAAGCUUUGAAAUGUAAGGUUUGUAAACACGAAACAGACUUGAAUGAAAAUCAAUCAACCACCGGGUCUUCAACAACUUCCAUAUCAUAUUUGUGCUCCCCCCGACGAACAGCGAAAGAGGACAUAUCGCGUCUCUUCCCCCAAAAAACCCAUAUUCAUAGCAGAAAAAAAUUAAAUAACUUGCAGGAGUCCGAAAUACAGAAAAAUUCCGAAGAAAAAGAGCCCACAGAACAACGGGAAAAGAUUAGGAAAGAAUUUGAGGAGCGGAUGUUAGUUGUUCGGUUUCUCCGUCAUGGAUUCUUUUCAUUCAUGUCCCUCAGAGUGGUCCGUUUUGUCAUUCCCAUUAUAUUCCUCGGAGUUUCCUCCUUUUUCAUAUACAGUGCUACCACUUUAGAGCCCGACAGCAAACAGGUACAAAUAUUCCGAUCCACACACAACCACGGAAGAGCUUCAUACCACCAUUAUUACACGUUUCAGAGGAAUUUUGAGGGAGAGUACACAAGUGUGUUCCUUGCAUGGGGAAUGUUGGAGAAGGACACGAGUACAUGCAGUCGUAAAAAAUCCGAUUUCUGCAGCGGGACAGUGGUUUGGGACAACACAUUUGACGCCUCGUCACCAGAGGCCCAGACGGCAGUCUAUAAUUUGUGUCAACGUUUGGAAAAUGCAAGCGAUUCAGAAAUAAAUCAGCUGAAAAUAAGAAGAAAUGCCAUUACUAGCAAACCAGAAGUCAGUUGCUAUUUGACAGCCAUGGAAACAUUUCUUCAGGAAGACGUUCAAAAGUCUGGGAGUUUUUACCCUUCUGAUCUCAAUGUUGAUGUCCCAUUGGAUGAAGUUAACAUGACAAAAUUCAUGUCCUCCAACCCUCGUAUCUAUGGUAAACAGCUUGCUCUCCCUAAGGACUAUAACAGAUGGCUGGAGAUUGGACUUGGAUAUUGGAUAACCAACAGAUAUACAGGCAGGCUACACGAAGACUAUUUUCUGUAUAAUCAUCUUAUUGGAGAGGAAUAUGUCGCGGGAGAAACAACUAUAGCACAGAACACUCAUUUAGGACUAUAUUACGGUUCAAAGCUUAGAUAUUUUGGGAUUCAAGUCAAUUUAACAGUAAGUGUUUUCACCCUGGGCUACAGCGAGGGAGGACCACUCUAUCGUGCAUGGGAACAGCUAAUGAUCACUGAGAAAGCAAAAAUGCCACCAUCUUUAAAGAAUGGAUUCCAGUGUACAAGAAAUACGUGGCACUGGAUACGUGUUCAGGAGGUACUGUCAGAUUCAGCAUAUCUGGGGAUAAUUAUUGGUUUGUCUGUGGCUCUGCCAGUUCUCAUCAUCACCACCAUGAACUUCAUCAUUGGAUUCCUAGCGUGGGUCGUUAUUGCGCUGGUGACGGUGUGUGUCUUAGGGUCUAUACCUCUGCUAGGCUGGAAAUUAGGGGUCCUUGAGUCCCUUAACCUGUGUAUGGUAGUAGGCUUAGCCGUGGAUUAUGUUGUUCAUCUGGCAGAAGCUUACAACAUGUCACCAAGUAUCAAUCGAAAGGACAAAACUCGGAACAUGCUGGAAAAGAUGGGACUCUCUGUCCUCUCUGGUGCCUUCACAACAUUUGGGGCCUCCGUUUUUAUGCUGGGUGCUCAAAUUCAAUUUAUCUAUCAAUUUGGAAUAUUUGUCAUGAUAACAGUAUUUACAUCCUUGUUUUUCUCAUUGUUUGGUUUCACUUCCUUUCUGCUGAUCCUAGGACCUGAGGGAAAUUCAGGUUCUAUCACAGCAUUGGUCAAAAAAAUUUGUUGCUGCAUACACAAAUUUCAAUCGAUGCCAAAGGAUGGAAAACCCUCUUCAACACCCUUUCCCUCAGAUGUCAAUCCCAUCACAAUUCCUAAUGAUCUCAAAGACAAAGUGCCAAAAUAG